AUGCACAUUGAGCGAUGUAGGAUAUGGUGGCCACGCCAGGAGCUGCAGCUCAAGCAUAAGACCUUCUCACCGAGGCUCGUCCUGUUCGGAUGGUUCUUUAGCAGUGCUGGUUCUAUCGACAUCGUCAUCGCUGCAGUUGUGCCCCAAGUUCACAUCCUGCGCUCUUUUGCCACACUCGACACCCUCCAGACCAUCGUCCUUUCCUCAAAUAAAAGGAUGCCGGUAAGCCUGCAAGAAUAUGCUGCAUUUACCAUUCUCGGGGAUUGUGGCCGACACCCCCCUACAGAGUUAGAAGAAUACUGCUUUAAUAAAUUAGAGCAGCUGCCCUUGGAUGCAAACUUUGUUCAGAAAGAACAUUUUGGUACAAGAAGAAACAAUGCCAUGAUUGGAUCAGUUGGGAAUGGGGAUCAGGGUCCAAGUUAUGACCAUAGAAGAUGGGGAUGUGAUUGUUGUGUGUUGGAUGGUUUUCUGGAUGCUUGCAGAAAGUCUGCAGUCAAAGAGGGAAGUUGGGUGCACUUGUAUUGGAAGUUUGGAAAGAACUUUAAGAGCAACCUGAAUCAAGUUCCAGUUCUUCACCAUUUGUAUCUUGAUGGCCAACAGAUUGAAAACAAUCGUUGCCACGUCAUACCAUAUGAGGUUCCGACCAUUGGCAGAAACCAUUUCUCACUGGGUUUGGAUGCACCUCGCAAGUUGAAUGUUUCUUUCAAAAAAACAAAUUGGAUAAAUGAUCUACAAAAGCAACCAGCAUUUCUUGAUUUGGAUUCAAUUGUUUUGGCGCUUAAUUGUUCAAAUGCAGCUAGACUGCCAGACACUCAGGAAUGUUCUACCACGAGCUCUGGAGCUUAUUUCAUCUUUGCAUCUGUAUACGAUGUCUUAGUUCAAGUAACAUGGCACUGUGUGGGGAUAUUUUUGGCUUCAGCAUCAACUAUUCUCUACAUCAUGAUUCUAAUGUUCUGGAAAUGUUUAUGCCAUAUGCCCCAGUACUUGAUGCUAAAUAAGGUUUUCAGACAUUCAUGGAAUAACAUUCAUCUUCGCAGCUGUCAAAUUCUCUACUGGCCAAUUGUCCUCCAAGAUGCUUCCCUAAGCUCCACUGUGAAUGUUGAAUAUGUACACAAAGCUGCAAUUCGGAAGCAUGCUUUGUGGUCAAGUAUCAUUGUGGAUCUCCUGAUGGGUUUUGUCCUUGGAGCAGCAUUCUUGUUAAAUACAGAGACUAUUUGUAUUUGGACUAUUGCUCUCGUCCACCACAUGACAGAAGCAAUCUUGAGAUCCGGUUGUGUGUGUCUGAUGGGUGUUCCAGCUGGUUUUAAGCUGAAUACAGAGUUAGCAGAGCUCUUAGGCAUGAUUUCUCUUAAUGCAGUUCAAAUUUACUCUAUCCUUUGGUUCUUUGUGGGAGGCUACCUGAGGCAUAUAAUUCAAGGCAUUGCAGUCUCUGGAAUUAUUUUAGGUCUGACAGCUCCAGUUUCAUUCUUUAUUGACAUUAUCCAGCUUGCUACGUUGCAUGUUACCGUGCUUCACUGGUUAAUCUCAUCGCUAUAUUCAGGACAAAUUCAGACAGUAGCAUCAUUGUGGCGUCUUUUCAGUUUACUAACACUUGCUUAUGCCAUAACAGAGGGCGCAAAUGGAAUCCUCUUAGGCAGAGUCCUACUUCUUAUACCUACAACUUCUGUAUUCUAUGUAUUCUUCUCUAUCUUGACAACAACGGUUAUCUGGGUGUGUGUGAUGCUGGAAAUUGUCAUCGCUGUAAUCCAAUCCACUCCUUAUGCUGAGUUAACUCUAUGGGUGAUGAGGAGGCACAGAUUUCCUGCUGGAUUAUUUUUCCUUCAUGUGCCAUCAAGUGGACAUACUUCUGAAGAUGGCAACCUAUCAGCCCAUCCAAUCGGAUGUUGCAAUGAAAGGAGAAAGGAGGAUCUAAUCGACAAACUAUCAGAAUCAUUAGUUUCAGAACUUCAUUGCAGCUAUGCCACUCUGGGUAAAAUGUUUCUCUUGACUUUUGCUUAG